AUGGGGAGAAUUAAGAAGGUGGCUAGCCGCAAGCAUGAGGCUACAAUCUCACCUUUUCUCGAAGAAUUUAUCGGGAAAUCUAUAAAUCUUCCUAUUCCAGAGCUUCCUGCACACCUGAACUCGUUCCCUAGGCUAUGGCCCUUUCCUCGCGGCGACCUUUACCACUGGAUCACCGUUCUAGACCGCUUCGAUGAAAUCCUAGCCUCCGUCAUCGAAAAAUACUUCCUGAACACCGGCCCACAGACUCAAUCAUUCGCGAGGAGUGUCCUGGAGGAGUCUUAUGCUGCCGAUCCGAGCAAGACACCGGCGGAGGGCAUCGAUGCCAAACUGAAUAACCUUGGGUAUGGCCUGGACGGAGACAAGGAGCUGGUGGAGGCGAUCUUGAACUUCUCGCGCCUCCUACUUGAGAAAUGCGGGAACCGCAGCCUCUACAAUAGUAGUGAGCGACUAGGCGACCUUUUGAAUACCACUUCACUCUCUCUUCUCCAGUCCACCUUACGCCUUGCCCUAUGUCUAGCCCAAAGAUACCACUCGCGUCAAAGGGGUCAUCAACAGCAGACUAUGCUGGCGACACACUACAAUAUUGACUUGGAGAAACUGCAAAAGAUCGCUGCACCGUUCCCUCGCCCGUUUGUCACAAGUCAAACUCCAUUCGCCGAUUCCCCUGCUUUGAAUGCGAAUGAGUUGGUUUCGCUUGUGCGCGAUGAAAAUGGCUGGGAAGAAUGGGGCAACCUUCGCGUGCUCUACUACCCCACUGGAAACUCCGAGCAGACAAGAACAACAUCCGAUUUUGGGAAAAGCGAGCAAGAUGCCAACACUCCGACCACGCCAACCCCGCUGCGUCGGAGCGCAACGCAACCUACCCCACGUUUAAGCCGGGGCUUGAACGUGGAUGAGACUCCAGUUCCCGCGCCCAAUACUGGUGGCGGCGGUGGUGCUAAGACCGAGGAGCCAUCUCGAAAUGGCAAAAUCUUGGAUCUCACGUACUCCCAGAUUUUAUCAGCAAAGGCCGAGGAUAUUAUCGCAUCGAAUGCACCAAAUUUACCCGUGGAAGCGAAGUACGAGCUUCUUCAUAAGCUUCGGGUGGCUCAAGCAUUGUCAGGAUCACAGGAAACUCGCGAGCAAAUCCUGUCGAUUCGUAUCUUGGCCGUGACGAAUCUGGCUUAUGUCCAGACAGAGUCUGCGUUCCAACACAAGAUCCUGCAGUACGACCUGGAACAGUCAAAACGCCUUCAAUUGACCUACCAACUUGCCGAGAUUGUUCACCUUGGCGCUAGUGGCGACCUUACGGUUUCGAGAACAUUACAAACAUUGGCAAUCCAAGCACUUGAUGCCUUGGCGAAGCACAAAUCUCGCGCUAUUGAUGUUUGUGCUGCUUUGAGCGUCAAUGUAAACCAUGGCGUAUUGAUGUUCCUUACUCGCAAAGUAGUUAAUGAACUGGGCGCCGAGGAUGAUGACACCGAUGAUUCUUUCCACGAUGAAUGGCGGGAUGCACUACUCGCUCUUCUGCGGACGCUUCCUAGUUCGAGUUCGCGCACUCCAGAGACACUGGUCGCGGCUGGCUUGAUUCCGAUGUUUGUUGAUAUCCUCAACCUCCGCACCAGCAAAGUUCGCCGGGUCUACUCACGAAUCAUGGAAUUCCUGGACACCUUUGUGCACGCCGUUCGCGAUGCUCUUGGUACACUGACUGCUGCCAAGGGGUUCGAUGCUAUCUCUGACCUGAUUGACUUUGAGACCAAGACAGCAUUUGAGAAUGUUUCUAGUGGAGCUGGGUUCCCGGACCAGUAUAAGAACCCUUCCAUCGAUUAUCAGAUCCCCUAUUUUCAGCAGCAAACCCUCCGGUGGAUGUUCCGCUUUGUCAACCACAUCAUGCAGCAUAAUGGUGGAGGUUUCGAUCGAGUCCUGCGCAAUCUGAUUGACUCUCCCCAAUUGUUGACCUCGUUGAGAUUGGUCUUCGAGAAUGCUCGGAUCUUCGGUUCCCAUGUCUGGAGCAAUGCUGUCAAUAUCCUCAGCAGUUUCAUUCACAACGAGCCCACUAGUUAUGCGGUCAUUGCCGAAGCUGGACUUAGCAAGAGUUUACUUGCGGCUGUGAUGGGGCGUGAGCUCCAGGCCGAGGAAAAGCCAGCCGCUAUUGAGCCUGAAGCUGCUGGCACUGAGGCUACACCGUCAGCACCUGCAGCCGCUGCUGAGCCUACUCCAGCAGAGGUUAAAAAGUCAGCAGGCCGUGAGUAUGUUCUUGCGCGGCCCCGAAACACCCCUCUCGCUCCCGGAAUCAUCGCUGCUGCCGACGCGCUGGCUUGUAUUCCUGCGGCAUUUGGAGCCAUUUGCUUGAACUCGUCUGGCUUGGAUCUAUUCCAGUCCUCCGACGCUCUUGAAAGCUUUUUCGAGAUCUUCGAGAACCCGGAGCACAUCAAAUGUCUGAAAGAAGACCCCCAAUUUGAUCCGUUCCCUUGGUACAACUUUUGA